AUGGGUUUCUUAGGAGUUUACAAGGCCGUCUAUGACUACAUGCCCCAGGCCGAGGGUGAGCUGGCCAUCAACGACGGAGAUAUUCUCUACGUGCUCCAAAAGAACGCCGAGGAUGAUUGGUGGAAAGCGAAGAAGAAGGCCAGUGCCGAUGACGAAGAAGAACCCGAAGGUCUUGUUCCGAAUAAUUACGUAGAAGAGGUAGGCGCACCCAGAACGGCUCUGGCCGAGACUUCAUGCUGCAUUUUGAAUUUGACCCUAACUACACCUCAGGCACAACCUGUCGCAAAGGCGCGCGCCUUGUUUGAAUACACUAGGCAAACAGACGAGGAACUUUCUUUCCCUGAAGACGCUGUCCUUGACGUCUACGACACGUCAGACCCUGACUGGAUCCUGGUUGGUCUAGAUGACGAGUAUGGCUUCGUACCGGCCAAUUACAUUGAACUUGGCGAAGUGGAAGAUCCUGUGGUUCAACCUUCGCCGCCUCCAGUGUUGCCAACUCGCACAAUUUCUGCUUCCACGGGUACAGAAAGCUACCCGGAGAGGCCGGAGCCUGGAUAUACACCCAACAGCUCCAUUGACAACGAUCCCGCGGCGGCUCUCGCAGGUGUGAUGGCGGGUCGUUCUGUCCCUCCACCACGAACUCGAACUCCCCCAAUGUCUCCGCGGUCCCCAGCAUCAGAGCCAUCGGAUGAGGAGCUAGUCAGAAGCCCGGCCCUGCCUGCCCGUCCCAUAUCGCAGACCGCAUCUGCACCCGCACCCGCGCGCAUUCAAUCCCAAAGAUCGAUAGACACCCGACUGUACGACCAGUCUCCCGAAAUCGAAGAACCACCCUAUCGUGCGCCUGGUGGGUUUCACAUGUACAAUAUCAAUGAGAUGGUAUCCUUGAUGGGCAAGCGGAAAAAGAUGCCCACUACCUUAGGAAUCAAUCUUGCAACUGGGAACAUAUUGAUUGCCCCAGAGCGUGCGCAGGAUGGUCCCUCUCAAGAGUGGACAGCAGAGAAGAUGACCCACUACUCUCGUGAGGGAAAGCACGUGUUCUUGGAGCUUGUCAGGCCGAGCAAGAGCGUGGAUUUUCAUGCUGGAGCCAAAGACACAGCUGAAGAGAUUGUGGGCGCUCUAGGCGAACUUGCUGGUGCUGUUAGAGCUGAGGGACUUCGAGAAGUUAUUCUGGCCGGCUCGGGAAAGGCCCAAAAGAAAGGUCAAGUGCUAUACGACUUCAUGGCCCAAGGUGACGACGAGGUUACUGUCGCCGUUGGCGACGACGUCAUCGUUAUCGACGAUACCAAGAGCGAAGAAUGGUGGCAGGUUCGGCGUGUUAAAAAUGGCAAGGAGGGCGUCGUCCCAAGUAGUUACAUCGAAGUUACAGGCUCCAUCGCCCCGCCCCCUAGCAACACCGGAUUGAACGCGGCGAAAUCAACUGUCGAACAGAACCGCUUGGAAGAGAUCAGGUUGACAAAGGAGGCUGUCAAAGCCGCUCAGAGGGACAGCUCACAGCAGGUAGGGCCAGGAAUGCCUCUACCAAAGCGAGGCAGUAGUCUUAUGGCAAGAGAAAAUGGUAAUAACUAUGGGCAGCGGAGCAAACGCGAAAACGGUCGUGGCGAAGGCGGCGGUCAGGGCCGGUCUGGAAAGUCUAAGCCGGAUCCCGCCAAAGUGCGGACGUGGACGGAUCGAUCGAAAUCGUUCAGCGUCGACGCGCAAUUCCUAGGUCUCAAGGACGGCAAGAUUAAUCUGCAUAAGAUGAAUGGCGUGAAGAUUGCAGUUCCCGUCGCAAAAAUGUCGGUUGAGGACCUUGAAUACGUCGAACGCGCUACGGGUAUUUCCUUGGACGAAGACAAGCCACUAUCGAAUGUAAAGAAAGCCAGGGCCUCACAAGCCAGAAUCUCGCCUCCUGCCGGAAUAGGUGCCUCAGUUGGACAACCGCAGAAGCCCGAGUACGAUUGGUUCCAGUUCUUCCUCACUUGCGAUGUUGCUGUUGGCUUGUGUGAGCGAUACGCACAGGCGUUCGCCAAGGAUUCGAUGGACGAAAGUGUACUCCCAGACGUUGACGCCUCGGUGCUUCGUAAUUUGGGUCUUCGCGAAGGAGACAUACUGAAAGUCAUGCGCACAUUGGACCAGAAGUUUGGCCGAGUGAAGAACGGCGUCGACAAGGCAAAUGGAGAGGGCGACGGGGCUUCUGGCGGUCUCUUCUCUGGUCCUGGCGGAGCUCUACGGAACAACACCAGAAAAGGCAGGCCGGCACCCGCAGUCCAGACGAGUGAUGUCGUGGACCCAAAAGCAUUUGCUGCAAAGGGGACUGGCUCGAGCGAAGACGCCGAGUCCAAGUCGCCUGCCUCUACUUCAACAACUCACGCUACAGCCAAAACGACCAGUGGUUUUGACGACGACGCAUGGGAUGUGAAGCCCGCCAAGCAACCACAAGAGCCCCCUCGUCCUGCCGCAGCUCCUACCCAGGCUGUAACACAACUGUCGGAACAACAAAAUCCGCCCCAGCAGGUGCCUGCUCUCACUGGCUCAAUGCAAGACUUAUCACUGCUGGCGAAGCCUCUGGAGCCGCAACGGACAGUCCAACCGACGGCACAGAGCCCGGUCGUCAUUCAACCACCAGCCCCGGUGCAGGUGCCUCAACCCACGGGAGCUACGCCAUCAUUUUUUGAUACUAUUAGGCCGAACUCUACAGGCUUGCAGACAUCCCAGCAAGCUACGCAAAGGCAAAGGCCGGCUCCACCACCGUCCAUGGCGACCACUAGCUCGCUGAUGCCUCCCCCGCCGUCGAGACCAUUGUCGGCACCUCAAUCUGCUCAGCCGAGCGCCUUUGCGCCACCGCCAUUGAUGCCUCAAAUGACUGGCGUAUCCCCCCAAACUUUCCAGACUCAGGUGGCACCACCGGGGCAGAGCUUAAACGACAUGAAUCAAGCACGUUUGCAGCAGCAAUACACCAUGCAGCAACAUAUGCCACAGCAGCAUAUGAAUGCCUAUCCCGUGCCUCAGCAGCAACCAGUACCGGGUGUGAUGGGCUUCAACUCAGGGAUGCAGCAGACUGGAGGACAAUUCAUGCAGUCGAUGCAGCAGCCCAUGAUGACAGGUGCGCCUGCUCAAAGCCCUUUCGCGGAUCCUCAAAGGCACAAUCAGUUCUCCCCCAUGCAGGCGCAACCUACUGGCUUCCCUGGUCAAUUUAGCCAGCUGCAGGGUUUCAAUGCGCAACCCACUGGAAGCGUCAACUCAUUCCUACCCCCUGCUAUGGAGCCGCAAAGAACCGGCAUGCCGGGCUUCCAGCCGCAGCAAACCGGCAUGGGAGCCUUCAACAAUGUGGGCGGUGCCGGAUCUCUUCAAGCACCGGUGCAGCCUUUGCAGCCUCAAAAAACAGGACCUCCUCCGCCGGUUCGAUUCGGUGUUACGGGAGAGGCGAAGAAGUUGAUGCCGCAGGCUACAGGCCGGCGGGCCAAUCUCUCUCAAGCAACUCCCAACAACCCCUUCGGUUUUUAA